AUGUGGCACUGCUUCGGCCGCUCGUCGGACCUAGGCUACCUGCGCAAGCAACAUGUGUCAGUGUCAGCGGACGGCGGCUUCUACUUGCGGCUCCUCCGCGUUAAAACGGCUGAAGAACAAGGGUUAACGCUCAUACCUGACAAGGAGGACUUCCUGACAUGCCCGCUUCACUCGUUCGCGGUAGCUCUCGUCAUACAGGCCGCGCCCUGCGCGACUCUGUUAAGCCAGCUCCCUGAGCUUGUUGCGACGAGCGAGGAGCCGCUAGACCCUGGUGUGCCACUGCAGGCCUUGCUAGAAGAAGAGCCAGCUACGCUCAGGGUCGCCCUGAUGCCACCCUCGCCUGAUGUCGCCGCUCCCGUUCCCGCGCCAAGUCCCGUACCAAGCUGCAACUCAAGUCCCCAACCUGCAAGCACAGAAGCACAAGUGAGUAGUACAUCGAAGGCCAGCGCUGGGGAGAAGACGCGCGAUGAAGACGGUGUUCAGGCGUAUGUCAACCGCCUCCUCAAGCGCGUUGCCGAGCCCGGGGAGCCACGACCGACUUGA